AUGUGGAUUGUCUCAUUCUGGGUCUUUCCGGUCAUUUCAGCAUGUACCUGGAUCGCCAUGUUAAUCGCCAUGUUGGCGACCUGGGCUCGGGAAGGGAGCCCCAUAUACGCCAGUAUGGAAACAGGCCAAACAAUCGCCUACAUAUCUGAUAUCGGUGCUCAGGGGCUCAAGCCCCUCUUCAUCGCAGGCAGCUGCGUGACCGUCGUCUUCCUCGACCUCUCUUUUCUGUCCGAAAGAUGGCUCCGCCAUGCUGGCCAACUGGUACCCAACAAGGGCCUCUUCGACAAAUCCUGCGCUAUUGCCUCGAUUUGCUUCUCCAUCGCCGGUGCGUUGGGCUUGAUCCUAUUGUCCAUAUUUGAUACGCUACGGCAUCCGCAUAUGCAUGAUGGAUUUUUGGUGAUGUUCUUGGUUGGCUACCUCAUCAGCGCAAUCUUCAUCUGCUGCGAAUAUUGGCGACUAGGCAUCUUCUACCGUUCCCAGCAUCGCGUCCUUCUGGCCAGUUUCAUCAUUAAGCUCUCCUUUGUCAUUAUCGAGAUUGCGCUAGCAAUUGCAUUUGGAGUGUUGGGAAACAAGGGCGGGCAUUAUCGCAAUGCUGCUGCGGUUUUGGAAUGGGUGAUUGCCUUGAUUUUCACAUUCUACGUUCUAUCCUUCGUUAUCGACCUGCUACCCUCAGUUCGCACCCGGAAACAUGUGCCGCAGGGCGAGAAGCGGAUUGAGAUGAGCAGGAAUGGGCAUGCAUAUGCCAGCAACAGCAGCGACGGAGGGACUUAUGAGGAACCCGUCACGACCGACUCCGCAGGUCCGAAUGCAAACUAUUAUAGGGGUCAGCGGAUUUGAAGACCGACCAGGAGCCUCUCAACUUGGAAAGGGAAACUUAAAACAUACAGUGCACAUAUAUUAUUCAAACACGUGAGACAAGACCAUAAUGCUGUGAUACCCUGCGAAUUUGUUUCUGGGUUGGAGUCUCAUGCGGAAAUCUUUUUUGGCAUAUUUCUCAGCUUCGUUUUUCCUGUUGUCUUCUAGUCAUAUCCAGUGUAAAUCCUGACCAUCUUGCUAAUUGCGUUAUCACCUUACUAUACAUAUACCACAAGCCUAAGACAUGAUAUGUCCGAAUAUCAGAUCAUUUGCUAC